UUUGUGGUGUUUCUGAAAGGAUACAUAGAACUGGUAUGCGACAAUGAAUCAAAUUGGGCAUAUGACUUGAAUGUUCUUGUGGCGAUCAGUUGUGUUGAUCUAAACCAUCACAAGUCAUAUUGCCGGCCGUCACCGCUGAGUAGGAUUCAAGUAUCAUUGAAGAAAAGCAGUCCUUCGUAGCGUGGACUCAGAGAAAUGGCGGAUGGGGCAGAUGAUAAGCCGGAUGGGGACGACAACCCCUCUACAGAUGCUAACAGACUGACAAACGGAAACCCAUCAGCGACCGCAGUAGAUGACAAGCCGGAUGGAGAUGACAACCAACUCUCCACUGAUAACGGACAGAGAAACAGAGCUCCACCAACAGACAGCCAAGAUAGCGCGGAAGAUGGAGACAAACUCUGCACGGUCUGUAGAUACAACAACGUCCAGAGAAAGGCCACAGACGUAUGUACAAUCUGUGAUAAAAUGUACCUCUGCAAUGAAUGCCGCUACUCCCAUCGCCAGAAGUCGGUUUCGAAAUAUCAUACGAUUGUACCGAUUUGUGCUCGAGUUUCAGACGACAUGAGGUGUGAACGACACGACAGCAGGCCCAUUCGGUACUUCUGUUUACAAUGUGGGGACACUGCUUGUGAAGUCUGCAUUGAGCAACAACACGACGGACAUGAUGUACGGAACUUCUUUGUGUAUGUUCAGGAAACAUGCAGUGAAUUGGCAGAUGCGAAGAAAAAGUCCGAGAUGCGGGCGAACGAUCUGUACGCCAUUGAUGGAGAGAUGAAAGAUCUAAAACUGGGGAUGACAGCACAAACGGAGAGACUUACAACACAGAUUGAGGACCAUGCCAAUGCUGCAGUGAGAGGGAUCUUGAAACAGCGCGACGAAAUGGUGUUUAAGGUGCAGAGGACGUGUGACGUAAGAGGCAUUGAGCAGACGAUGGAGGAAUGGCUGCUGGUGAGAGAGAGACUGGCCAAGGGUAUACAGAAAGGAGAGGAGCUUUCUUCAGAAACUGUCAGCGGCGCAGAACAACUGCUUGAACUCACGAAAGCGAAGAAUGAACUGAAGAUCCUUGGGAAUUACAAACAGGUCAGCUCAGGGCCGUACAGGGAGAGGUUACAUAACCUUCCAUCCUUUGUCCCGAUGAAUUCUGACAUCAAAAUAGGGAAAUUAGUUGAGCCUGGGUUUCAGACCAGUCGCCGGGUACCACAGCAUAUCGGAGUUGAGCACGAGUCUGGUGCUGAGGUUAGGUACAAGGAACUCACAGGCAAUUACGACCUCCCUUUCCCGCUGCAAAGCCAGUAUCGAAAUCUGCACAGCGUGGCACAUUUGAAACCAGAAGGUUUCGCAGCUCUUGCAUCUCAGAAUGAUGUCGGUGCUGCCUCAGUCUUGUUGCUAUGGGUGAAAGAAUGCUUCCACGUGCUUAGUUACGGGAUCCAUCCUGCCUGGGAUAUGGACGUUGAUACACAAGGGAUCAUCACAGUAUUAUGCAGUGCGAGGCCAUACCUGAGAUUGUAUGACCCUGAAACACGCUCUCGCUCUGGGUCUAUUGAUAUAAAAGGUGAACUCUCUUACCCGCAGUCCCUGGCAGUAAACAGUCACCGCGGGCAGUAUGUCGUCUUGGAUGGCAUGGGCAACCACCGACUUGUUGUCCUGGAUCGAAACGGGACCGUCCUACAGUACCUGAAGGUCGGAUGGGAUCACUGGAGAAUCGCCUGCGAUGAAAAGUUCAUGGCUACUUGCAGUUCUCAGGAGAUAUCAAUCUACGAAUGGAAUAAGAACAGACUCGGAAAGACACGAUCCUUCCUUCACGGCGAACUCGGGCUGAACGUCAGGGAUGUUGCGUGUCACGGCGGAGACGUGUACGUGGUCGGGGCAACCAGCGAUGAAAACAAGCACGCCUCCGCGGUCUACAAGAUUCCCGGGAAAAACCUCUUCCAGACCUUCGCGAUGCAGGCGCUCUCCUUCGGCGACGGGGAGCUUUCACUUGGUGACAGUUGGUGGUUACGCUGUGAUGUCAAUAAGGAUACGCUGGUCAUGGGGUGCCGGGGGGCCCCAACUAACAUCGGUCGGAUGGGGGUUUUUGCGAUGGACCAACCAAAGGGUGAUAAAGUAAUUGUAGAUGAAGGUGAUGAACAUGGCGAAGAGAGAAUUACCAAUAAUGGCGAAGCCUAAGUAAUGUUAUCAUCCAAAAGACCAUUACCUUGUGCGGUAAUCGCUAGGUUGACGGACUCGAAGUUCUCGGAGUUUGCCUUGUGUAAAGAAACUUUAACCGGACUCUCUUAUAGGCAGGUUUCGCAAUCAGUAACGGCGAAGCACAGCACGGAGAUGGUGUUGUCCCACUGAAUCUGUGCUAAUUCAUUUAACUCGACACUAGUAUAUCAUCUUUGAUACGUAGUUGUGAGAGGAAUCGGGAUAAUUUUCAAAAAAUAAUCGUCGAUUAAAUGCAUCUGCAUAUUUCGUACUUCGUCGUUCGUAGCGCUUCGUAAGGCCUGUGGAGACUGCUUCACAGCGAGUAAAAAUGGAGCUGCACGUACUUGAAAUAAGUAUAUUACAGUGCCUAUUUGUCUAAUGCACGUGUCGAAUUCCGUAUACUUAACGAAUACAUGAAGUACAUUACCAAAAUAAUGAUUUUUGAUACUGGACAUAACUAUAGAAAUAAAUUUAUUGGCCUCAGCUACAUUUUCCAGUUGUAGAAAGCGGACUGUUUAUGCCACAGACGUUUUGGCGAGAGAUGUCCUGAUGCAUUCCUUGAGUAAAUCAGAAUCAUAAUGCAAGCGAGAAGCAUAGAAUACAUGCAUAGAAUACAUAAAUAGCGUAGAACGUACUGAAUAUCAAUGCUGCAACGCUGUCAUGUAGACUCAUUA